GCGCCAUCCCGUGCGCAUGCGCGAGUGGGCAUGUCCUCGCCGCCGCCGCCGCUGCGAGCGCUCCGCUCGACCGACACACGCCGUGCGACCCUCGUGCUGUUCAGAACUCGCGAGUGCUUCUCCUCCAGGCCGCCACACGCGAACUGCGCCGCAACGCCCGCCCGCGAACCAGUGCUGACCGCCGUCCCGGGUAUGAAGAGCAGUGUCUAGUGCUCGUGCCUCCCGCCCCCAUGGAUUUCAAGAUGAACCUCAACAUCAUGGAGCCCCUGGCCGAGCUCGACGGCUUCGAGCCCCAGACCCGCGCGCGCUCGAACACGUGGCCGCUGCCGCGGCCCGAGAACUACGUGGAGCCCGGCGAGGACGGCAACAAGUGCACGCCCGCCGCCCCCGCGCCCGCCGUCGUGCCCGCCAAGAAGAACUCGAGCCGCCGCAACGCCUGGGGCAACCUGUCCUACGCGGACCUGAUAACGCAGGCGAUCACCUCGUCGCCGGACAAGCGGCUGACGCUCUCGCAGAUCUACGAGUGGAUGGUGCAGAACGUGCCCUACUUCAAGGACAAGGGCGACAGCAACAGCUCGGCGGGAUGGAAGAACUCGAUCCGACACAAUCUAUCACUACACAACCGCUUCAUGCGCGUCCAAAACGAAGGCACCGGAAAAUCCUCCUGGUGGAUGAUCAACCCGGACGCCAAACCCGGAAAAUCAGUACGGAGAAGGGCAGCUUCGAUGGAAACUAGCAAAUUCGAAAAACGGAGAGGCCGGGUGAAGAAGAAGGUCGAACUUAUGAGAAAUGGCGCCCUUCCUGACACCACUCCUAGUCCUAGUUCGUCUGUCUCAGAGAGUCUGGAUUUGUUCCCGGAAUCACCGAUCCAUAGCGGCGCCGGUUUCCAACUAAGCCCAGACUUCAGACCUCGAGCUUCCUCAAACACGUCCUCUUGUGGCCGACUGUCGCCGAUACCAGCGGUCGUAGGUGUCGAGCCCGACUGGAGUUCCCCCAGUCAGUUCAAUUCGGCAAACUAUAGCCCAGAAAUGCCCGGUAACUAUUCACCCGAUCAGCUUGCAGGGAACCUAGAACAAGGCAUGAAACUCCAACCAGACGCCUACAUGGGGUACAUCAACGGCCAGACGCCGCAACAGCCGCCGCCCCCGUACACCGCCCCCUACGAACAAUUCCCUGGACGGAGGGAGAUCAAUUCCUUACACGCCACCUCGCCGUACGGACUCUCGCAGUGCCCCAUCCACCGCUUGCACUCGUGUUCGUGCAUGCAGGUCCAGUGCAAAGUUGAGAGCAUGUCCCCGGCGGGAAUGUCGCCUUCGUACCCCCACUCGGAACCAUCCCCCGACCCCCUCAGUAGUCAGUAUAUGAUAAAUCGGGGCACGCUGCCCAGGCCUUCGUCUAACAGUCCUCCGCUGACGCCCCAGCCCACCCAAGGCCCGCCGUCGACCAUGAUGGGCCAGCUCAUGGGCGCGCUGAACAGCAGUACGGUCCUCGACGACCUCAACAUCAACGUGGAGUCGUUUCAAGGCGGUUUCGACUGCAACGUCGAAGAACUGAUCAAACACGAGCUGAGCAUGGAAGGGAGCCUCGACUUCAACUUCCCCAACCAGCAACAGACCGUGGUCCCGCCGCCGGAGACCAUUUCAGGGAUUAGCAACAGCCAGCCCAGCGCGCCCCCACCCUACUCGACAACGGUAACGACGCCAUCGUGGGUGCAUUAACGACCGCAGUGCUGGUUACCAACUAACACAAGAAGGACGCUCCUGAAGAAGAGCCCGGAGUCUAGUUCAAGUUGAUAGUCUCACCCCGCCGCCGUUUUAUCUGUUGUGCAACCGUUGACAAUGUAAUCUUGUUAUAAUGAUCUCGUGUUAUGCUCAUUAAUAAUUGUUUGUACAGAUAUAUGCUUUUUAUGUCUAAAAUUAACAACCUUUGCAAUUUGUCUAAGUUGCAUCCAAUUCUCGUUUCACUGGUGCCAUUUAACGUUUAAGUUGAUAGAUGCCAAUUGUUGUGGUUAGGGAUUUAGUUCGGAAGCGGUCUAGGUUGGCAGCUCAAUAACCGGAGACGAAGAAACCAUUUUGCGUUUUUUGAUUAUAGGAAAAUUUUUUAAAUUUGUAAUUUAUAUUGUAAGGCCAGAUUUAAUUACGAUAAAUAAUGUAAUAUAAAAGUUAAUAUAAUUAAUGAAGCAGCAUUGCGAAGUGUUAAUAUCGUCGACGUUGUAAAUAGUGUUAGAUUUAGGUGCUUGCGUACCUUUGUUGAGUUAUUUUUAUUUUUAUUAAUUUUUAUAAUUCACGGUCAUUUUAUUCUCGUCAUAUCGGUACUGGUCAUAAAAUCUACAUUUUAUUGCCAAGUAGGCAUUAAGUUCAUCGUCAUUUUAGAAUAAUUUUUUUACUGUAAUAUUUGUAAAGUGUUUGAUGUAUGAUUGUAUAUUAAAUCAAUGUUUUUGACGCUUAUUUUCAAUUUUUAAAAACCGAUUAGUUCAAUUGAUACGUUACGUUUUUAUUCUUCUAAGUUGGGGUAAGUGUUGCGUUGACAAUGUUAUUUAAGUUACUUACGCCUAUAAUUCAAUAUGUAUUGAUGUGUAUGAUUUACGAGGAGGCGAAAUGUAGAUGCAAUUAUUAGCUCGGGUCGGUCUUUGUGAACAUAGGUCUCAUGUACAUUCAUUUCCUUUUUUAGGAUCGUUAAAGAAAUUAUUUAUAUUUAGAAAUUAAUUUUUAGGCAUUCUAAUAACGUCUGUAUGCGUUAAGUCAUAGUCAAUUAUUAUUUUUAAAACGCUACAUGUCAAUUUCACAAUAUUGUGUACCUACCUGUGUAUGUAAGACACUCAACGCAAAGUGUAUAUUUUUGGAGUUCGUUUCAACAUGAAAAUAGAUAUUGUGCAUAUCUAUGGUUUAGUUUGUCCACAGAAACACUGUACUUACCUAUGCACAUGCACAUGCAGUGAGUGUACAGUGAUAGCCGCUAUGUCAGGUGCCUCAAUUUUCUUUAAAUUCGUUAAUAUAUUAUUAUAAAUACUAAUUUUAAGAAAAUUAUUAUAUGAAUAUUAUAAAUUCACAUAUUGCUGUUUCACAAAAAUAAAUGAAAAAACAUAAAA